GCUGGAGGAUCGCAGGUCAUAUUUACCAAUCCUUUGGAGAUAGUAAAAAUUCGACUACAAGUAGCUGGCGAGAUUGCAGGAGGAUCGAAAGUUAGGGCGUGGACCGUCGUCAAGGAAUUAGGUCUUUUUGGAUUGUACAAAGGUGCUAGAGCUUGCUUUUUGCGAGAUGUGCCAUUUAGUGCAAUUUACUUUCCUAUGUAUGCUCACACGAAAGCGCGAUUGGCCGACGAAGGAGGCUACAAUACGCCAUUGUCGCUUCUUGUUUCUGGUGCGAUUGCCGGUGUACCUGCAGCAGCAUUGGUCACUCCUGCGGAUGUAAUAAAAACAAGAUUACAGGUUGUAGCUAGAGAAGGUCAAACUACAUACAACGGAUUGCUGGAUUGCGCAAGAAAAAUAUACAAAGAAGAAGGUGCUAGGGCAUUCUGGAAAGGCGCGACAGGUUUCGGCUCCUGGAUUGAGCCUCAGACAUAUUACACAGCAGUUAAUAUAUCGUUAGACAAUAAGAUCACGCAUGCAAAUUAA